AUGACUUAUGAUGGCGUGUGCAGCUCUCGUGAGAUGUACAGAAAGCAUAAACUGCUCUCAGCCAAACGCAGAAUCUCUGCUGCAAGCGCUCAGAGAAAGCAUCUUCAACAAAACCGAUGUGCGGCCAGUUAUCAAGCCGAGAACACCUACUCGGAUAACCCUGGGCUUUAUCCUGAUGAAAAAGCUCAAGUCCUGGAUACUUUUAUCUGGCUGAAGUUGAAAAUCAUCCAAGAUGUCCUCGCAGCAGUCUGUAACCACGAUGAAUUGGCCCAAAUCCAAUACAUAGUGAAGGUAGUGGACAUUGUACCACUCACUAAGGUAAGACUCAUGCUACGUAUAAAUGAUAAUGCAGCCCCAAAAACCUACUAUCUUUAUCUUUACAACAACGGCAAGGCAGAAGAUAGUCUGCCAGUGCAUGUGGUCAGUUCCUGUAACCUGGACAUCUACACCUUUCCAUUCGACAUCCAAAAUUGCUCCUACACAUUUGGCUCAUACAAGCUCACAAUUCGAGAUGUUGAGAUAUAUUUUGCAGAAUCAGCAGAGGCAACGCUCCAGAAAUCUCUACAGUACAUGGAGUCAAAAGGGGAGUGGCUACUGAUUGACAUCAUCGGCAAAAAAAAUGCCAACUCUACAUACUUCAACAUGGACGGAUUGGACAGCUGGGAUGAACUUGAUUACCAUAUUGUCCUGAAGCGCAGGCCGACUCUAUACAUAGUAAACCUCCUGUUUCCCAGUUUCUGCCUGAUCACGGUAGAUCUGUUUAGCUUCCUCCUGCCUCCUCAAAAUAUGGAUCGUUCAGCCUUUAAAAUGACCCUCAUCCUGGGCUACACCGUCUUCCUGCUCCUCAUGAACAACCUGCUGCCUGUCACAGGAAACACUAUCCCUCUGAUAAAUGUGUUUUUCUCUCUGUGUUUAGCGCUGAUGGUGGCCAGCCUGUUGGAGACAAUCAUGGUCACUAAUAUUCUCUGUAGUUCAAAAGACUAUCCCCCUUUACCAAACUGGGUUAAAGUGCUGCUCCUCAAUUAUCUGGCUCGACUGGUUUGUUUGGGCAAGAAAAACUCAGGACAGAUUUCUGACCCUCAAACAGAAAACACCAACGGAGUCAUUUCCAGUUCACCUGAGAAAGAAGUAAACCCAGUCAGAUGGCAAGAAAAUGACAAUAAAUCUACAAUAAAUCCUGAAGAGCAAGAACUGAAGACGAUACAUAAAGAUUUACUCACCAUUCGGCAACAAGUGGAUCGGCAUUUCUCCAGAGAUCAGACGGCAGAAGAGUGGAUUCAUUUGGGGGAGGUCAUUGAUCGAUUCCUGUUCGCUCUGUAUCUGAUCUUCCUCACCAUCAGCUUCUUCACUAUAUUAAUAUUCUGGCUGUACUGGUAUAACGUUGACACAAAAGCAUAA